AUGAAACCCAAAAACAACUUCGCCUUUUCACAUCCUCUUCUUCUUCUUCUUCUUCUUCUUCUUCUUCUUUCAUUUACUUGUUUCUCUCCAACAUUUUGCGUAGCCAAUGAUACCAUCACAUCAGAAAUUUUCAUCAAAGACCCUGCUUCUUUAAUUUCCAGUUCCAGUUCCUUCCAAUUGGGCUUCUUCGCACCUCCUAACUCUACCAGCCGAUACGUUGGAAUUUGGUACAACAACAUUCCUUCGCAAACAAUAGUAUGGGUGGCUAACAGAGAGAAUCCCCUCAAAGAUGCUUCUGGGAUUUUCACAAUUUCUAAGGAUGGAAAUCUUGUCGUCUUAGAUGGAGACGACACCGUCCUCUGGUCUUCAAAUGUUUCCUCUUCUUCCAAAACCAACACAAGCGCUCGAAUUUUAGAUUCAGGUAACCUUGUUUUGGAAGAUAAUGCAUCUGGGAAAAUUUUAUGGGAGAGUUUCAAACACCCUUCUGAUAAAUUCUUGCCUUCCAUGAAAUUCAUGACAAACACAAGAACAAAAGAGAUGAUCAAGCUUACCUCAUGGAACACCCCUUCUAAUCCAUCCACAGGAAAUUUUUCUGUAGCACUAGAAGUUGUCAGUCUUCCUGAAGCUGUGAUUUGGAAUAAUGAUGACAACGUUUAUUGGCGAUCGGGUCCGUGGAACGGUCAGUCGUUUAUCGGAAUACCCGAAAUGGACUGUGUUUAUCUCUCUGGGUUUAACCUUGUAAUCCAAAACCAAGAAUACACUUUCUCUGUUCCUCAAAAUUACAGUGUUGAAGAAUUUGGUAGUUUGUUUUUGACCUCGCAAGGGAAUUUUGUGCAAUCGUAUUGGAAUCCUCAAGAAAGAAAUUGGAACUUUAAUUGGAUCGCUAUACAGACAGUGUGA